AUGGCGACGAGCAAGGCUCUUUCGAUCGACGAGAUCGCGAACGUCCUCAGCAAGGUGGGACUGAACGACGUACCUAAGCAACCCAAUACCUACCCCGAAUUGAACCCAUUCGACAUCUACCGCUCGCAUAUUACAGACCUGUUGGCGCAACAGACAGGAAUAGACAAGGCAAUCAUAUAUCCGACUCUGGCAUGGACCGCAAAACCCGAGAAUGGUGAUCUGCAAUUGGCAGUCCCAGCUCUGAGGCAGAAGAGCAAGAAACCGCAAGACUUUGCGAAGGAAAUCGGUGACAACUUCCCCGAAUCGCCUCUCGUAGAGAAGCCUGUUGUCAACGGCACCUUCGUUGGUUUCUUCUUCAAGCCCGAAGCCUUGACCAAACUCGUCCUCCCGCAGAUCCUCCGUGCCGGCGAGUCCUACGGAUUCAAUAACUACUUCGGCCUCAAGGACCCCGCAAAGCCUGAGGACGGGCAAAAGAGGAUGAUUGUCGAGUUCUCGUCUCCCAACAUCGCUAAGCCAUUCCACGCUGGCCAUCUCCGAAGUACCAUCAUUGGUGGUUUCCUUGCGAACUUGUACGAGGGCGCUGGAUGGGAUGUUAUCCGCAUGAACUACUUGGGUGAUUGGGGAAAGCAGUAUGGUGUUUUGGCUGUGGGCUUUGAUAAAUUCGGAUCCGAGAAAGAAUUGGAAAACAACCCCAUUGGCCAUCUGUACGACGUAUACGUCAAGAUCUCCCAGAUCUCCAGGGACGAAGAGGACGAGGUCAAGGCAUUGACUGAGAAGAUCAAGCAGCAAGAAGGUCAAGACAACAGCGAACUCGAGGCCAAGAUUAAGCAGAUUCAGGAGCAUGGUGUUGAUCAGCAAGCCCGUGACUACUUCAAGCGCAUGGUUGACGGUGAGCAGAAGGCUCUCGACAUUUGGAAGCGUUUCCGAGACCUCUCCAUCGAGAAGUACAAGCAGGUCUAUGCUCGUUUGAACAUCCGAUAUGACGUCUACUCUGGUGAAUCUCAGGUCAAGGAUGAGUCCAUGGAGGAGGCUGGCAGGAUUAUGCAGGAGAAGGGUGUUUCCGAGGACUCAGAGGGUGCUGUCAUCGUAGAUCUGACCAAGUACUCAAAGAAGCUCGGAAAAGCGAUUGUCAAGAAGAAGGACGGAACUUCGCUCUACCUCACUCGAGAUAUCGGUGCUGCCUUCGAACGUAUGGACCAAUACCACUUUGACAAAAUGAUUUACGUCGUCGCCUCGCAACAAGAUCUUCAUCUUGCACAGCUUUUCAAGAUUGAGGAGGCCAUGGGACGCAAGGACGUCUCAGACAAGUGCCAGCACAUCAACUUCGGAAUGGUGAAGGGAAUGAGCACCCGCAAGGGCACAGCUAAGUUCUUGGAUGACAUUCUUCGUGAUGUGCAAGAGGUGAUGCACGAUGUCAUGAAGGCAAACGAGAAGAAGUACGCCCAGGUUGAAGACCCAGAGAAGACUGCAGAUACCCUUGGUAUCUCUGCCGUCAUGGUCCAGGACAUGAAGGGCAAGAGGAUCAACAACUAUGACUUCGACAUGAAACGAAUGACAUCUUUCGAGGGUGACACAGGUCCCUAUCUCCAAUACGCCCAUGCUCGCCUGUGCUCCAUCAUUCGCAACGCCGAAUUGGCUGCCGCUAAGAUCCCGACGGAGAUUCCUGCCGACCUCUCCACUGUCGACUUCUCCGCACUCACAGAACCUCACGCUGUGGCACUCAUCAAACAGCUCGCAAGCUGGCCAGACGUCUUCAUCAACACCGUCAAGACGCAAGAGCCUGCCACCAUUCUGACCUACCUAUUCAAGAUGUCCCACGCGGUCUCAAGUUCAUACGACCACCUCGUCGUCAUCAACAACGCCCGCGAGGGUGAGACCCUCAUCCCCAAGGAGGUCAACAUCACCCGCUUGGCUCUGUACUCUGCUGCCAGGCAAGUCCUUAACAACGGCAUGAGGCUGUUGGGUCUCAACCCCGUGGAGAGGAUGUAG